AGAUGUGUGAUGACAAAAGAAACACUCUGGCAGAAGCAGUUCAAACCUUCAGCUGGUUAACUUAGCAUCAGCUUGAAAAGAUGUCAUAUCACAUGGCGGCGCGUAUUCUCAUUUGCGGCAUUUUGAGUAUGCAAACUAUUCUGACGUUGAGUCAAGACCCUUCGUAUUCUCUGGAUGAAUUUAACAAACAUCUGAAUAGGGAUUUUCAUGACAUGGAUCAAGAUAAAAAUGGCACUGUUGAGCUUGUUGAAAUGGAAAAUCGCAUACAGAGACAGGAUUACAACAAGGAUGGAUGUGUGUCUUUCAACGAGUUCAUGAAGCUGCGUGUCGACGACUCGUUAAAAUUUGUAUGGGUAGUAUUCAAUCACUUUGAUCACAACAACGAUGGCUGCCUAGAAAUCCAGGAUCAGAUUGAUGAAUUUCAUGAAAUUGAUGUCAACCCGAAAGAUGGUGCGGUAACUAUCCCAGAGCUUGAUGCAUACUAUGACAAGCUUUUUCAAAAGAUACUACCAUCUCUUCUGCAUCCAUAAAUUACUCUAGUUAUUCAAAUGUAUGUAUGAUUAUCUAAAAUUCAAUAAAUCUCUAUGUUCUUU